AUGGACAGUGCGUUUGAGGAUGAGGCUGAACACACCGUUUCAAUCCAAGAGUAUCUCAAGGAUGUUGAGGAUCAGGAACUGGAAGCUGAUUUGGUUUUGGGAGGCGAUGAAGGCAAGGAGUGUACCUAUAAUAAUGGUUAUAUGAAGAGGCAAGCAAUUUUCUCAUGCUUGACUUGCACCCCAGACGGGAAUGCUGGGGUUUGCACAGCUUGCAGCUUGUCUUGCCAUGAUGGCCAUGAGAUUGUAGAACUAUGGACCAAGAGAAAUUUUAGAUGUGAUUGUGGAAAUUCAAAAUUUGGAGAAUUCUUCUGCAAGCUUUUUCCAAAUAAAGAUGUGGAAAAUGUUGAGAAUUCAUACAACCAUAAUUUCAAGGGUUCAUACUGCACCUGCGGUCGCCCCUAUCCUGAUCCAGAUGUUGAAGACCAAGUAGAGAUGAUACAGUGCUGUGUGUGUGAGGACUGGUUCCAUGAGGAACAUAUCGGCCUUGACUCUUCUGAUGAGAUUCCAAGAGACGAGGAAGGUGAACCUCUAUAUGAGGAUUUUAUAUGUAAGGGAUGCUCAGUAAUUUGCUCUUUUUUAAGGCUAUAUAGUCAAACCAUCUUGGCAGCAGGAAGCCAAAAAGAUUCUUCCGUUAAUACUGGCAAGGAUAAAGAAGUUUUGGGAGAUGUGACUUUAGCUUGUGGAUCUGGAAAGCUGGAGAAUGAUAUUUCUCAUAGUUCUAAUAACAUUUCUGAACCUGUGUCCGGUGAGGAGGGUUUGCUCCUUGGAGAAAAUUCUGGGAAAAAUAUAGGUUCUGAUCAAUGCACGACAGAUGCCCAUUCACAAGUUACUUGUGUUCUUGGAGUUAAUCUGGUGGAUGCUUCCCCUGUUUUAGAGUGUAAGCCAUUGUUUCUAUCAAAAAACUGGAGGGAUGCACUCUGCAGGUGUGAAAAGUGCAGUGAAUUUUAUGAACAGAAGCAUAUCAGGUUUUUGCUUGACAAGGAAGACACGAUUAUGGAGUAUGAGAAAAUGGCAAAGCAGAAGAGAGAAGAAAAAUUGCAGCAACAGGAGGGGGCUGAGUUGACUAUGCUCGAUAAACUUGGCCAUGUAGAGAAAAUAGAGAUUCUGAAUGGCAUUGCGGACAUGAAAGAUGAGCUUCGUUCUUUCCUGGAAUCAUUUGAUCCAUCAAAGGCAAUCACGUCUGAUGAUGUCCACCAGGUUUUUGAGAAUCUAGCAAAGAAGCGCAGGCGUGUAGAGUAA